UCUCAGUCAGGGGAAAACUUGUUAAAACAAAAUAAAAUAAAGAUAUAAUAAUAUUCCUCAAAGGUGGAUUGAUGUAUUUUAAGUAUUAAUAUCCAACUGUACAAUUAGCAAAUAUGGACAAAUUUUGAUAUGAGAUCAUUUGAGGAGGACAUCGUAGCAAAAUGGAAAAAACCAUUAGAACUUUUUGACGAGAAAGAUGUCGUGAGGAUAUGUGCUCCAAUGGUUCGAUAUUCCAAAUUGCCAUUUCGAUGCUUGGUGAGAAGGUAUGGAUGCGACUUGGCUUGCACUCCAAUGAUCAUUUCCGAUUCAUUUGUUCAAUCCGUAAAAGCAAGGGACAGUGAUUUUACCACCAACCUUUUGGAUCGACCACUUACUGUUCAGUUUGCGGCAAGAUGUGGAAAGGAUUUAGCUGAUGCAACAGAAAUUAUUGUUCCGUUUGCCGAUGGAGUUGAUAUUAAUUGUGGUUGUCCUCAGAGGUGGGCGAUGAAAGCUGGUUAUGGAGCUUGCUUGAUAAAAAAUCCAGAGUUAAUUCAUGAUAUGGUUAAACAGACUAAAUCACGGGUUCAAACUGAUUUUCCAGUGUCAAUCAAAAUUAGAAUUCACAAUGACACUAGAAGAACUGUGGAGAUGUGUCAGAGAGCUGAACAGGCUGGUGUUUCAUGGAUUACUGUUCAUGGUAGAACAAUAGAGCAACGAUCUGAACCAUGCUCCUUGGAAACUAUCAAACUGAUCAAGGACAGUGUUGCAAUCCCAGUUGUUGCAAAUGGUGAUAUCAGAUCUGAAGCUGAUAUUGCUGAUGUGUGUGCAAAAACUGGUGUCAAUGGUGUCAUGGCAGCAAGAGGAAUUUUAAGCAACCCUGCAAUGUAUGCUGGGUUUGACUCUCUUCCACUUCAAUGUCUUCAAGAUUGGCUUGAUCUCAGCUUGUCCUUAGGAAUUUCGUUUACUCAUUUUCAUCAUCAUCUAAUUUAUAUGUUGGAAAAGGUUCUUUGUAAACCAGAAAGAAGAGUGUUCAAUACGCUUAGAAGUAUACCAGCUGUUUUGAAUUACCUGGAAGAAAAUUUUGGUAUUUCCAUGACUAAAGACUCUGAGCUGACUAAGCGCUCUGAGAACAGAUUAACAAUAAGCUAAUGUAAAUAGAUUUAA